AAAAAAAAGACAUUCCCACUGCUCACUCUCUUGAGACUAUUCCGCUAAAAGUAAAAAGAAGAGAGAGAAGGAGACUUGCUUUCAAGUCCAGUAUUUAUCUUAUUUUAAGACUGGUCUUUCCGUGAGGUUAUGAACGUGACAGUAGGAUUAGUCGGACUGAGAAAAAAUGGGGAGGAAGAAGUGGGUCGACGGCGACGGGAUGAAGAAAGGAGAGUGGACGGCGGAGGAAGAUCAAAACCUUGUCGCUUACAUCAACGAGCAUGGGGUCUCUGAUUGGCGUUCUCUCCCAAAAAGAGCUGGUUUGCAGAGAUGUGGAAAGAGCUGCAGAUUAAGGUGGCUUAAUUACCUAAGGCCUGGGAUUAAAAGAGGCAAAUUCACUCGUCAGGAAGAAGAAGAGAUCAUCAAACUUCAUGCUGUCCUCGGAAACAGGUGGGCAGCCAUUGCGAAGGAGAUGGAUAAUCGAACAGACAACGACAUCAAGAACCAUUGGAACUCUUGUCUCAAGAAAAGACUGCUGAGGAAAGGAAUUGACCCGAUGACCCACAAGCCCAUCAUCAAUAACCUCACCGUCACGACCACUAACGAAGAAUGUGGUAGCUCUUCAACGACUACGUCGUCUUCUACCUCCUCACCUUCUGGCUCGGCUUGUCUCCUGAACAAGCUAGCCGCAGGUAUCUCAUCUAGACAACAUGUUCUCGGCAGGAUUAAGGGCAUAUUGUUGGAGCCGAGAAUCACAAGCAGUGAUCAAGAUGAAAAAGAAGAGUUAAAAAGGGAUCACAAGAUUGGUGGUGCUGAAGAAGAUGAUGAUUUUCUGAUAUGGGAGGAUGAAGAAGUUAGGCGUUUUAUGGAGACUGACGAUAUGGAGUACGAGACGACGCCGUACAUCUCUCUCUUUUACGAAGUAUCGCACCUUUCACUCGGGGGAUGACUGGCCUUGGACUCUAGGGCCGUGCCGUUCUUCUUUGGCGGUGGUCGCGGGCUAUUAUGGGUUCCCUUGGAGCGCUCGAGCGGUUUGUUUGUUUCGAUUCGUGGUUGGAGGCCUUCGGAUGGGUGAGGUAUCGAGUAUUCUCGUUGACGCUCCCCAAAGCUUAGGCGAAUGAGUGGAAGUCGCUGAAACCUUAUUCCUCUAAUAUAGUCGUUGGAGGUGGGUUCGGUGGUUGUGGUCAAAUCCCGGUAGUGUCCGGUGGUCAAUUGAUUUGGUUUGUUCUCGUGUUGACUCGUGGAAUCGGUCAAUACGGUGGUGGCUCGUGUCUCGGUGAAUCCAUUUGUCUGGUGACUACGGCGGAGCGACGUAUAUCGACCCCGGCGGCGUGGUCAAGCCGUUUGUGUGGAAGACGAUUCCCGUCCUUGCCACGCGUCUCUCUCUUACGCCCUUUGCAUAACACGUGGUAUGGAGGGAUCUGGUCGGUCACAUGUUUUCUUUGGACUUGAAUUUUGGUUGUUUGUAGUUUGGGUUUUUGG